AUGUCCAAAAGCGGUAUCAAAUCUCUGCUCACACUUUGCACAGUUGUCAUCGGUGUCAUGCCCAAAAGAUCAAAUGCUCCGGAGAAAAGCCAUGCUCGAAAUGCCGAGCUCUAUUUGGAGCAACUCCUAAAAGAUAGCCAAGAACUGCAUGAUCAACGACAUCGUUUGAAACAAGAAAGCCACUCAAGCAGACCAGAGGAGAAAUCUGGUCCCCAACAAGUCUAUGGGAAUGCAGCUGCGAACACCGAGCCCCUGGAACAGAGUAAUCUCCUCCUUGGUGAGAAGCCAUGGUUCCAAUCCAAUGACGCCUCAGUGGUCCCCCUUUAUAUUAGUGAAGCAACUUGCGCUGCUUUUGCCACUCGUCUGUGCCAGUCCUUGAAAGGGACAAACAUGCCAAUACCUCAUCUUCCAAGAUCACGUUAUACGGACGAGUUGGAAAUAUCGUCUUUAAUUCACACAGAUGUACAAUGGCCCGGUCUUGUGAGUGCUCAGCUAUUAGUGAAGACUGCACUUGGUCAUAUCAUCCCAAGUUUCCAUUUGGCAUUGAAAAAAGACACAUUGGACAUGCUCCAUGGCGUCUAUCAGAGAGGUGACUUUGAUAAUCCGAGUAUCAAGUGCAAAUACUUUGCUCUUUUUGCCAUCGCCCAAGUUUUUUCAACUCCCCAUGACCUCUCAGACACGUCGAGUGUACCUGGUUUGGCCUAUUUUGCCAAAGCGUGGAGCCUCAUCCAGAUCGCCCCCGAGCGACCAAGCAUGAUUCAUAUAGAAAGUUUGCUCUUGCUUGCCUUCUACUGUCAAUUCCUGAACCGCUUUCACUCCGCCUACGUUUUGAUUGGGAAUGCAUUACGACUCGGCCUCAGCAUCGGCCUAAAUUAUAACAUCCCACAAACCCAAAAUCUACACCCAGUGGCACGAGAACACCGUGUCCGGAUAUGGUGGACCAUCUACGUGCUUGACCGAUACUGGGGCUCAAAGUCAGGAUUUCCUGUGCAAAUUCACGACGAGGAUAUCCACGUCGACCCACCGUCCAUUUCAGCGUCUGAAACAUACCAUGACCAAUUUUCAGAUGCGGCUUACCAGGUGGCAGCAAUCGAACUUGCCAAAAUUAUUGGUGACACAACGGGAGAGAUAUACUGUCGAAAGAUUUCGGCUGAGACCUUCUUACACCGUGAACAGAGACUUCUAACUCAAUUGAAACAGUGGGUUCAGUCUCUUCCCGAUCAUCUGAGGCUUAGUACAGAAAGGCCAAAUGCAAAACAUACGGUUCAAAUGCAUCUUCAGUUCAAUUUUUGCGUCAUCCUGGCAAUUCGACCAGUCCUCCUCCAUGUCCUCACUCUGAAGACGAAAGAUCAAACCAACCAGUCCAUGGGCUCCGUUUCACCCAUCCUAAUCACAUUGAGUGAGGCGUGUAUACACGCGGCAAGACACUCGCUAGCGUUAUGUGUAAAUGAAUGGACCGGCGGAUCCCUAGCAGUAUUUGGCUACUCAUUCCCUGCCUUCCUCUUCUCUGCCGCAUUAAUUCUGGUGAUUUCAAGUCUUCUGCCACUCGGAGAUCCAAGCGAUUUGACAUCGGCCGAAACAGCAACGGAAAUCCUCAGGAAUCUCAGCUUAUCCGAUAAUCUCGCGUCAAGAGAUCUAUACGAGCGCAUGCAGCGCGUGCGACAGUGUCUUCACGAUAGCCAGAUAUACUCUACAUCGGGACUUUCUCACGGUACUAUAGACAACGUUGCCAAUCUUUUGCCGAUGGCUGAAGAAUCGAAUUCGGAAUCGUUACGAUCACACCAAAGUCGGAAUCCCCAAUCCACCAUGGGUCCUCUGGAAGAUCUGGGUCAUCCACUCUUUGAAUCGAGUGUCCCAUUCCUCACUACGGAAAUGGCUCUGCAUCAACCCACAAUGCUGGAUUUCCUGACUCAGUCUCAUGUGGAUAUUGGACUGCUUGAUCCAGUGGAAAUGUUUAAUGAUUUUGAUCUAGCCUUUUCAAUGUCGGAGAUUUGA